CGCGCGGGGGUGACACGAGCGCGCGUGUGAGCAGUUGGGGAAAUCACAUCAACGUGCUUAUUAUUAUUAUAAUUAUUAUUACAUGCGCAGUGUGCACGCUGCUCCACCUUUGGUUGGUGUCGCCGUCAGCAUGUGGAGGCGCUCACUGAGCUCGAUCCUCAGCUCGGCUCAGCCAGUCAGACUGAACGGAUCCUGCAGCAGUGUUUCGGGGAAGAAGUGGACCCGACCCGGCGGCUUUGACACGGCUGUGCAGACCUUUAACAGCCUGAGCAGACAGAAGGAGCCGCUCAUCCUGGCCAGAGAGGGAGUAGCUACCUGGUACAGCUGUGGACCCACCGUGUACGACCACGCCCACCUGGGUCAUGCAUGCUCUUACGUCAGGUUUGACAUCCUGCAGAGGAUUUUGUCCAGGCUGUUUGGAAUCACCGUGAUCCACGCCAUGGUCAUCACCGACAUCGAUGACAAGAUCAUCAGAAGGAGCUGGGAGGAAAAUGUCUCCCCCAGCGUCAUAUCCAGCAUGUACGAGGAGGAGUUCAAGAGGGACAUGUUGUCAUUAAAGGUGAUUCCUCCUGCGGCGUAUCUCCGAGUCACUGAGAACGUGCAUCACAUCGUGGCGUUUAUCGAGAGGAUCAUUCAGAAUGGACACGCUUAUGCCACAAAAGAAGGUGAUGUGUAUUUUGACAUUCGGUCCAUUGGUGAUCGUUAUGGCAAGUUUGUGGGUGCUGUGGACUCUCAGGGAGAACCUGGCAACACAAACAAACGAGACUCGAGGGAUUUUGCUCUUUGGAAGCCGUCCAAACCUCAGGAGCCAGCCUGGAAAUCUCCGUGGGGCAGAGGAAGACCUGGCUGGCACAUUGAAUGCUCCACCAUCGCUAGCUCAGUGUUCGGCAGUCAGCUGGAUAUCCACUCUGGAGGUAUUGACCUGGCCUUUCCUCACCAUGAGAAUGAGAUCGCUCAGAGUGAAGCCUAUCACCAGUGUGGACAGUGGGCAAACUACUUCCUCCACUCAGGGCACUUACACCUGAAAGGCAGCUCAGAGAAGAUGUCUAAAUCUUUAAAGAACUACAUCACCAUCAAGGACUUCCUGCAGUCUUACUCUGCCAACGAGUUCCGGAUGUUUUGUCUUUUGACUAAAUACAGAUCAGCUAUAGACUACAGUGACAGCAGCAUGUUGGAGGCUCGCACCUCUCUGGGAACCAUCUCUGCCUUCAUCCAUGACGCUCAGGCCUACAUGAGGGGUCAGCUGCAGUGUUCACCUGUACAGGAAGCUCUUCUCUGGGAGAGGUUGGCUGAGACUAAAUCCGGCGUGGUGAAAGCACUGGCAGAUGACUUUGAUACCCCACGAGCCAUCAGUGCUGUGAUGAAUCUGGUUUAUCAUGGAAACUGUCAACUUCAUCCUGUUGUUAAGUGUGACGGAGCUGCUCGGAGUCCUGCAGUGUUUGCAGCAAUGGUCAGCUACAUCCGAGAUGUCUUGGAUGUGUUUGGGAUCAAUAUGCACAGUAAGGAGGCUGAUGAGGUGAGCAGUCGUGGAAGUCUGGAAGGCGUUGUGGAGCAGCUGACCCGUUUCAGGAGUGAAGUUCGAGCAUUCGCACUGACCCGUCAGGAUGGUCCAACUAAACGAGCACUUUACCCAGAGAGAAUGCCUCUCCUCAAAGCCUGUGAUGCCCUCAGGAAUGACCUGGCACCCUUGGGUGUGCUGAUAAAGGAUCGAGGAUCCACAUCGACAUGGGAGAUAACCCAGAGAGUCCAGGAUAAAGACCAGGAGGCAUCCAGCUGAGAUCCACUUUAGCCUCUGAGACUCUUUGUUUCUUUGUGGACUCAACUUCAUCAACUGAAAGACUUUAAGAGACCAAACCAUGCUGACCAACACAACAAGAGAAUAACUUACAUCAGAUGUCUGCUGCACCUGUCAUCAGUGUAUGAACUCUUUGUUUCAAAAACCAGAAGCUAGAUUAUAUAAUAAAAUAUCUAAAAUUAUAUAAUAAAAUCUGUCUAUUUAUGA